AUGAUUGUGCAGAUAAUCCCAACCCGCUACACCGUUAGUGGAAAGGUGCUUUAUGACUGCUUGGAGGAAAAGUUCGGGGUCGGAAAGGUGCAGGUCAUCGAACUCGACGACGGGGAGAACUGGAAGAUCCAGGUGCCCCGCGAGUUGACCGACGAUGAGCAGAUCGAGGUCAUAAGAAAAUGCCAGAAGAAACGUCGCGCGAGAACCAGCGGGUCAGCACAUUCUCCCACUUCGCCCAUUUCUCCCACUUGA